CUUUGCAGGCUUUUGUUCGUAGCACAGCAACCUUGAAUCCCGGGCACACAAGCUCUGUGCAUCUCAGGUAAAGGAGGCCCAUCUCUAGGUCAUGGAAUGCCCACACGUUGAAGAAUGUGUGAAAAUCACAGAGUUGACUCCUCCUGAAGUAGACAAGAUCUCAGGCCUCCCUAUCUGGAGAUGCACUGAGGAAGGGUGUGGGAGAUUGGAUGGACCCUGGGUGUGCGGCCGCUGCGGAGUGGUGAGAUGUGGUCGCUAUGUCCACGGCCACAUGAAGCUUCACUGGGAGCAGUUUCGGGAGCAUACUGUUUGCCUUGAUCCGCUCAACAUGUCUGCUUACUGCUACAUUUGUGAUGAAUUUGUCAUGAACGACACACGACGUCGCCGCCUCGAACAGCUGAGAGACUGCCUCAUUCGUCUGAACGGCCACGAGAACUCAGACCAGGAGAGCCACAACGAAUCCAAGGGGAUUUUACCCGAAGAGGACAACGACAAGUGCAUCCAUCUGAGGGCUCGACGACAUAGGCCCAACCGAUCCAUGGGGAUGGAGAACCAUGAAGAAGGGACGUCCCAGAAGCGGCGCAAGUUCGAGCGUGUGCCGGCAGACGGCAAGCAGGGCAAGCGGGUCGUCGGUCUCCAGAAUCUUGGCAACACCUGCUUCAUGAAUGUGGUCCUUCAGUCCCUAAGCAACAUCAAGGAGUUCAGCGGAUAUUUCAAGCAGCUGCCGUCACUGGAGAAGGGAGGGAACAGCCGCUCCAAUAGUCCCUGCCCCGUCCAAGUCCCAGACAAGGGGGAGGUGGGGCUGAUGGCCGAGGAGCUGCGCAAGGUCCUCAUCUCCCUGAAGGAGGGUGGGAAGUCUGCCAUCUCUCCUGAGUCCCUCUUCACUGUCAUCUGGAGAGUCGUUCCUCGCUUCAGGUUCCUGUCUCCUGUGAGGUGCCUGGUGUGCAAAAGCCUAUCGGAGAAACACGACCCAUUCUUGGACCUGAGUCUCGACAUUCCUGACCGCUUUGUCGAGGCUAGGCCCAGCAAAGGCAAAGAAGACGACAGUCCACAGCCUCCCCUCUGCAAUCUAUAUGACUGUUUGAAGAACUUCACUGAUGUAGAGGAACUGGAAGACAGUGAACUAUAUCAUUGCAACUUUUGCAAGGACCGCCAGCGCUCCACCAAGAAGUUCUCCAUUCGACGCCUCCCCAAUGUGUUGUGUCUCCAUCUGAAGCGGUUCCGGUGGCAUGCAGCCACGCAGCAACGGUUGAAGGUAAACACACCCGUGCAAUUCCCCGUGUUCGCAUUGGACAUGUCGGACUUCGUGCAGACGGGGAUGCACCGCACCCGCCACAGCCGCCUGGGUUCCACCCUCUACGACUUGGCUGCUGUGAUCGUCCACCAUGGCUCUGGGGCGGGUUCGGGACAUUACACUGCAUUUGCUGUGAACGAAGGUCGUUGGUAUCACUUCAACGACCGCGUGGUGCGAGUAUCCGACGAAUCGACGGUGGCCAAGUGUCGGCCGUACAUCCUCUUCUACAUCCGGCGGGAGUUCCGGCUCCCGCGGGUUUCCGAUGCGGGGAAGUGAUGAUUUCCCCAUCCUUAGAUGAAAAUCGUCCUCCCUUUCAUCGAUCCUUUGUGCCAAUAGGAUCUUGAUGUCCAUACACAUGUCCCAUUCAUUCAUUCAUGAGUGUCAGAUGUGAAAGACACUGAUCAAUGUCGGGGAAUCGGUCGGAUUCCCCCUCCCGAGCGAGAGGGGAAUCGGCUGCAUUCCGCCACCAGGGAAUCCGCUGCAUUCUCUCGCAGUCGCAGGCAUACGAGUGCAGAGAAGCGGCUGGAUUCAUCCAUGAAUUUGGCAUCCCAGUGCAUGUAGAAGUGUCCCCUUUUCAUGUGAUUUUAUUUGAUGUACAUUUCAUAGGAGUGAUAAAUUUUUCUCCUUAGAGCAUGCUGAGGCAUAGGAGUUCUAUGGGAAAAAUUUUUUGCUGCCUUUUUUUUCUGUGGGAAAAGUGUUUUCCCUUCUAGGCAGAAGCUGAUUUUUUCCUCCUGUCAAUCAAAGGGGCUUUUCUUGGCAAAGCAUGUACUUUAUCUCAGUUUGCCAGUGAUAAUCCCAAG